AUGGCACAACAAGACAAAGAGGAAGGUGAAAAACAUGCAGUCUACUACUUGAGCAAAAAGUUCUUGGAAUAUGAAACUCGUUACUCUUCUAGAGAAGACUUGUACAACCCUGAUAUUGGCGACCAAAAUAUUGAGACACUAUAUGGUGUCACACACCCCAUCCAUUUGAUUUCAAGAAUGGAUCCCAUCAAAUAUCUAUUUGAAAAGAUGGCCUUAACAGGAAGGGUCGCAAGAUGGCUUUUGUUACUCUCUGAAUUUGACAUCACAUUCCUCACCCAAAAAUUUAUUAAAGAAUGGGCAUUUUUUGAUUAUUUUGCACCACACCCAAUACAAGGUGAUAGACGACCAUUGGAAGAUCCCUUCCUAGAUGAAGAUUUCUCCAUAGUGAAUGAAGAUAGAGGAAAUAUAUGGAAAUUAUAUUUUAAUGGUACUGCCAACCAGAAAGGAUGUGGAGUGCAGGUGUUAUUAAUAACCCCCAAUGACCUCUAUUUGCCCUUGGCAUUCCGUUUGGAUUUUCCUUGUACCAAUAACAUUGCUGAAUAUGAAACUUGUGUAAUUGGCCUUAAAAUGGCCUUGAUAAUGGGGAUCCAAGAGAUAAAAGUCUACGGAGACUCAUCAAUAGUGAUCUACCAAACUCAAAGGAGAUGGAAGACAAAGGAUGAGAAGUUGAAGUCAUACCAAGAACACCUAGAAGGGAUGAUUAAGCAGGUUGGGGAAAGCUCCUUUGACUAUCUACCCAGGGAUGGUAACCGAGUUGCUGAUGCUCUCGCAAUCUUGGCGUCAAUGUAUGAAUGCGACCCUGAAACUUAG